AGCGUGGAACGCCCCGCCCUCCUCUCCGCUCUGCUCCGCCUUCGUCCCGGUCGAUCUAGAUGGGCAAGACCUCGCCCUGCAGCCAAACGCUGUAGUCCCAGCGUUGGAUCUCGGGAGGGGGGAUUCCCAACCAGCCAGUCAGCAAUGACGUCCCGCCUUUCCUCCGUUUCCAUUGGCCCAGCCGCGCGGGCGCUUUCCGACCGGGAGGGCUCAGUUCCACGGAACGCGAGCCUCGAGGGGUCUGACGUUUGGCACCGUUCGCAGCGCCUUGGGCUCGCAGGGCAGAAGCGAAAGCGUGAUUGGCUGGCGGCUGAUGUGGUCUCGGCCACCGCCCAGUCGCGGGACGCUGCCUUUCCGGAGCUGGGGGUGAGGCGUGUUGACCCCCUCGGGAGCGGCCGGAACCCGAGCUCACGACUCAGGUUCCCGGUGCUUCGCCCGUCUCCGAUUGCCACAGGCAGGGAGGUGGCGCCACAGGCCACGGAGGUGGCGCCACCGCGCGACGCUUGGCGAGAUUGUGACGUCAGGCGUGUACGGGCGCCAAUUGGCCGAGCAAUGUGGUGCGGACUGGCGCCGGCGCGGGCGAUUGGCUGCGCGGCCCGGUGGGCGGUGCGCGCUGCGGACAGCGCUCCAAGUGGGCGCGCUCCGGGACCGGCCGGUGUCUGUGGCCGGAGGCCGAUCAGUGUUCUAGGACAGAUCAGACAUUUUGUAAUGAUGCCUGAAAUAAACACCGACCACCUCGACAAGCAACAGGUUCAACUCCUGGCAGAGAUGUGUAUCCUUAUUGACGAAAAUGACAAUAAAAUUGGGGCUGAGACCAAGAAGAAUUGUCACCUGAAUGAGAACAUUGAGAAAGGAUUAUUGCAUCGAGCUUUUAGUGUCUUUUUAUUCAACACUGAAAAUAAGCUUCUGCUACAGCAAAGAUCAGAUGCUAAGAUUACCUUUCCAGGUUGUUUUACUAAUACUUGUUGUAGUCAUCCAUUAAGUAAUCCAGGCGAGCUUGAGGAAAAUGAGGCCCUUGGAGUGAGGCGAGCAGCACAGAGGCGGCUGAAAGCUGAGCUAGGAAUUCCCUUGGAAGAGGUUCCUCCAGAAGAAAUUAAUUAUUUAACACGAAUUCACUACAAAGCUCAGUCGGACGGUAUCUGGGGUGAACAUGAAAUUGAUUACAUUUUGUUUGUGAGGAAGAAUGUCACUCUGAAUCCAGAUCCCAAUGAGAUUAAAAGCUUUUGUUAUGUGUCCAAGGAAGAACUAAAAGAACUUCUGAAAAAAGCAGCCAAUGGUGAAAUUAAGAUAACACCAUGGUUUCAAAUUAUUGCAGAGACUUUUCUCUUUAAGUGGUGGGAUAACUUAAAUCAUUUGAAUCAGUUUGUUGACCAUGAGAAAAUACACAGAAUGUGAAUAUGCAGUUUUAUUUUCUAGCAAGUUUUAGGCUGAAAGCCACAUAUAAUUAGUUACGUAAGAACUAUGAGUUGCCAUGGCUACUGAAUUGGACAUUGGAGCCUUAGACUGUUACCCAGCACCUUGUAAGUACUUAGCAAGGGUUAGAUAUUACUGUUGUUAUAUUACUAGGAUGCCAUCCAGAAAAUCUAAGUAGGAAUGUCUUUUGACCUGGUAAUUUAGAACUCUUUCAUCUUUUAUAAAGAGGAGUAUCCGUCUCCUAGAUAUAACCACUUCUGACCCCAAAGGCAGAUGUGUUGGUUUUGAACUUGAAAGCUAAGUGAUAUCUAUCAUUUUUUUUUUUUAUUAAACUGUUUUAAAUUCUUAGUCUUCAAAAUAUAUACUUGUUUGAUUCUGGUCAAACCAUUGCCAACUCCUUUAAGGACAAAGUAGAGGUGGCUUUCUAUGUAAUUGCUGAUUCUGUUUCCCUACCUGUAUUAUCAAGAGAACAAGAGCAAAACAGAAAAUGGGGUAAUAGGAAGGAAGGCACAUUUUCUUCUCACUUGGCCCUGGCAGCUGGGGACAAGUCCAGGUCAUACCUGCAGUGGGUCCCUGUGGGAACUGCCCUCCGCCUGCCCCCUAGGGGACAAGUCCGGGUCAUACCCGCAGUGGGUCCCUGUGGGAACUGCCCUCCGCCUGCCCCCUAGGGGACAAGUCCAGGUCAUACCCACAGUGGGUCCCUGUGGGAACUGCCCUCCGCCUGCCCCCUAGGGGACAAGUCCAGGUCAUACCCGCAGUGGGUCCCUGUGGGAACUGCCCUCCGCCUGCCCCCUAGGGGACAAGUCCAGGUCAUACCCGCAGUGGGUCCCUGUGGGAACUGCCCUCCACCUGCCCCCUAGGGGGUGCUUGUGCAGUGGUUUCAUCCUCUCACUUAGAUCUGUCUGCUGGAGCCUCACUAAGGUUGGGAGUUCCUCAUGGGAUGAGGUACUCUAGAUGCCCUCUUGGCAGAUGGGAUUUUCCGUACACCUCUUCUUCACCCUUCCUCUCUAGGUGCUUUUUCAGCCCUAAGUAUGUACUUACACAUUUUCUAACAUUUUACAGCGUGAACUGAAGUGUAUAUUUGUGUGUAUUCAGAUAUCCUGACAGCUUUCUACUUUACAAUUUUCACACAUACUUUAUACUUAUUUACUACGUACAUGGUUCAGACUCCCAAAUGUAAAUCUCCAACACUGCAUUCUCUUCUCUAUUUUAAAUUCUUGUAGGUGAAUGCAUAAGUAAACUAAUAUAUCUAGACAGUAGAAUGUUAUUUGGCACUAAAAAGAAAUGAGCUACCAAGCCACGAAAAGACGGGGAGGAAAGUUAGGUGCAUGUUGCUGAAAGAAGCAUGAAAAGGCUACAUCCUGAAGGAGUCCAAUUCUCCAACAUUCCAGUAAAGGGAAAACUGGAAACUAAAAAGCCAGAGGUGAGAGGGGAGGGAGGAAUGAGUGGGCAGGCACAGGGUUUUCAGGGCAGUGAAACUCUUCUGCAUGGUACUGAAAUGGUGGAUAUAGGUCAUUAUGCAUUUGUUCAACACCAAGAGCAAGCUUCAAGUAAACUGGACUCCGGGUGAUAACAAUGUGUUGAUGGACGUCUUUGGGCCGUAACAAAUGGACCACUCUGAUAGUGGGGGAGCCUGUGUGUGUGGAGGGGCUGGGGGUCUAUGGAAACUCUAUACCUUCCACCCAAUUUUGCUGUGAACCUGAACUGGUCUAAAGAAUAAAGUCUAUUAAAAUUCGGGUGUUAAACAUGAAAAGGAGCUUAACCUCAUUAAUCACUGGGUAAGUGCAAAUUAAAACCCAAAUUUAAAGGACCAGCAUCACCGAGUGCUGACAGAAUAGAAAGUAACUGCUGAGCAGCACGUUUGCUACCGUGGAGCUGUCGGCCACUAUCUGCUAAAGUCAAAGGAGUCAGACCUGGUGGGAGAUCAAUGUGGAUGGUUCUGCCUUCUUCUGUUUCCAUUUUACUAACUUAGCAGAGAACUAAUGCAGCAUAUUCCUGAGCUGGGAAGUCGUUGACACAUUCGUUGUCACUUUGAGAAACUAGGUGUUUCCUAGGUUUUUAUGCACUGCCCUAUAAGUAGGUGAUACGGUGUGGGUUCCGGGCUUGCGCUCACUCACGGAGCUCCUUACUACAUGUCCAGUCUCUAGCCCAGGGACGCCCCUGCAGAACACCUGCCGUGAUUCCAUCAGCCUUGGUGUUCGCACAAUCAGAUGGUGUCACGCCGCAGGAGCGGUCCUGCUUACACACAGCAGUGUGAGUAAAUCCACAGACCCAGUCUUGAGUGGAAGAAACCGGAUACAAAAAGCACAUGUGAUUCCAGUGAAAUAAAGGUCAGAAACAGGCGAACCCAAUUAAGAUGUAGGCAAGAAUAGAGGCUACUUCUGGGGGCGCAGGGAGCCUUGUGAGGUUUUGGAAGUAUUCUCUGUGUUGAUAGGGUGUUAAUUACAUGGGUGAAUAUGUUAGGAUUGAUUGAAACAAUUUGUGCACUUUUAAGUGACAGCUUAACACAACGUAGAAUCAGUGCACUCUAUAGCAUAUAGCUCAGCACUGAUAAGAGAAUCAGUGGAGAGCAAAUGGCAUCUCGCCUUGACAGGAGUGGAAGGAAGUGCAGGUGCUUCUGACCACUGCAUCCUGGUAUCAGAUUGGCCAGGAAAAGCCGUGGAGACACACCCUGCGUGGGUUGGGGCUCCACUCCUGAGAGAAGACAGCAAGGUCAGCUUCCACGGUGUGUGUCGGGUCCCCGUGCCCGUGGGCCCCUGCUGGCAACUGACACGGCAUUGGUGGACAUGACACACUUGAGCCGUAAGAAAAGAACUCUGUCCCCAACCCCACCCCACGGGGGACAGAUACUGCAGUGGGGUUGCUUGUGUGCUGCUUGAUCACAUGCCCCGACGCAGAUUAAAAGGAACGCACAGAGUCUGAACAGGAAAGGGGUUCCCAUGCCAGGUGACAAGCCAGCUCCAGCCGUGAGGCCUUGCCUGCAUCUCAGCACGUCCACGUGCUUCCCCUUCUGCCUGGAAGCUGCAUUUCCUUAGUCUGCACCUGGCCGAAUCUGACUCAUUUAAACCCUUGGCUUAAACGUCAUCUCAGAUGAUCCUCUCAGGACUCAAAUCUCAAUCACGAGCACGAAGUGGGAGCUCAGUGACUUUGAGUAAAUUAUGAAUAAAAACUAAGCGUAUACUCACGGGUCCUAUAAGGCUACAUCGCUUGUGUACAGACAGUGCCCUCUCAGCAGUCGCCACUCCCAUGUCAAAGGCUGCUCAUGCUUCCCUUCAGCUAAUGGUAGGCCAGAUGGGCCAGGCAGUGACACAGCCCACCUCCCAAGAGUGCCGGAAACACCUGAGAGAGAAUGUCAGAGACCAGAUAGCUCUGAAAAGUGUAGGGCAGAAUCUAGGAGAAGAAAACUGUGCUGCUUUUUCCAAGGGGCAUUGCCCAGUUCCAGUAAAGGAGCAGAGAGGCUGAGAAACAGAGAGGUGCUUCCAAUAGCUGGACAGGAAUGGGGGAGCAGAGACCAGGGCUGAGAGCUACCGAAGGCAUAGGCCCACAGAGGGCUUCCCAGGCUUCACGUGCUAGGAAGAGGAAUUUAGGGCCAGCCUAGAAUUGGCUCAAAACCUGUUCUUAUUAGGGAAAUCUGAGAUAGUUACUUCUCUAGUUUCUUGCAGAAAACCAUUAUCUGAAGGACAAUAGCACAUCACAGACUCCAAACAUCCCCCAUGUCUGUCAUACACAGCAUCCAUAGCUCCCUGGGCGUCCACCUGGUGGGAGACAGGCCAGUGCGACCAAGUGGCCAGCACACGAGCCAGUGGCAGUGACUUCAGGGCCCAGAGAAUGUCAGCAGCCACAAACCUAAGACACAAAGCUUAACAUCAAGGAAAUAAAAGUCAUGACAGAAUUUUUAGAGGAACUGGAAAUUAUUUUUUUUAAAGAAUCAAAUGGGCCCAGUUUUGAAGGAUGCCCCUGAGAGCCAUCGGCCCCAGCAGAGAAUCACUGCUGGGGUCUCUGUUGCUUAUCACAGAAAUUCUAGAACAGUGUCCAGAACAUAGUUGGCACUCAAUAAUUAUUUGCUAAAGGGAGGAAAGAAGGAAGAGAAGAUAGAGUAGAACGUGUUCCAUGUGAAUUUUUUAUUGAGGAGGCUUGACAGGCGGCCAAGAGGCCUGGGGAGGCCUGUGUUCCUGGCUUUCGACUGUUUGUUGAGCAAAGACAGUGACCUUUCUGUUCCCAGGGAGAACAGGCCUUUCAGUUUCAUUAUGGAUGAUGUUCUUCACAGCCCUUAAGUUACUUUCAAGAGGAAGAGGAGACUUCGUAGACCUAUUUAAGUAAGAUUGAAAGAUGCUUUUAUUUUAAAUCUCUGAAAUUUUUAUACUUCUGGCCAACAAUGGACAUUCUUCGAAUUUUUGAAAUUUACAACUUAAUCAUGACAUGUGAACAUCCUAAAGUACACAUAUGUCCUUGAAAAUAUUCCACAGAGAAGCUACAAUGAAAGCCAUAAGACUGAUUGGCUCUGUGACCAUGGUUUGCAGAUUGAUUUGAGAGACAUGACCUGCUGUCCAGGCAUGUGCCGGUUGAUUUGUGUCCUAGGAAACCCAAGGCGUGACGCGGUGACCCACUUUGCAGGCAAUAUGUUUAUAUAUAAGUGAUUUCAGGAGGCAAAAACUGCAUUAGAUAGCUUUGGAAUAAAAAAAUUGAAAAGCUUCUAGUGAUCCCAGCACUUUGGGAGGCCAAGACUGGCAGAUCACUUGAGGCUAGGAGUUUGAGACCAGCCUGGGUGACAUGGUGAAACCCCAUCUCUACAAAAAUUAGCCAGACAUGGUGGUGUGUGCCUGUAAUCCCAGCUACUCAGCAGGAGGAAUUGGGGACAGGCAGAGGGAGGGGGCUGAGGUACAAGAAUUGCUUGAACCCGGGAGGCAGAGGUUGCAGUGAGCCAAGACUGCACCGCUGCACUUCACCCUGGACAACAGAAUGAGACUGUCUCGGAAAAAAAAAAGAAAAAGAGCAACAAAGUUGGUAAAUAAAUAAAUAAAAAUUUUUUAAAAAUAACAUUGAAUGAUCAAGAACAGAAGGCAUAAAUGACUAAAAUCAGAAAUAGUGCAGGUACAUCUUUGCAUUACCCAGCUAAGGCAUAGUAAUUAAAAUCUUCUCAUGAAGAAAAGGCAAGGCCCAAUGGCCUCACUAAUGAGUUCUACCAAACAUUUAAAGAAGAAGUAUCUGCCAGGCAUGGUGGCUCACGCCUGUAAUC